AUGACGAAACCGUUCGAGGCGAACAAUCCCAUGCCCGAGGCGUUCGAUCAGACGUGCGAGUACAUCGUGGCGAUGCUGAACCCGGUGAUCAAGCCGAGGGGGGAGGGGGUGCGGAGGCCCGCGAGCGACGCGAGCGAGGGCGGGAAGAAGAAGGAGAAGAAGGAGAAGAGACCGGCGGCGGCGGCGGCGGUGGACGCGGAUCCGAUGGAAAAGGCGAAACUCGUCGUCGGACGCGUGAUCGAGGUGGGACGCGUGGAGAAUAGCGAUAAAUUGUAUCUGUGCAAGGUGGACUGCGGCGAAGAGAACCCGAGGCAAGUCGUCACGGGGUUGCGCAAGUUUGUCCCGGAGAGCGAACUGAAGGACGCUUUGGUGCUGACGAUUUUGAACUUGAAGGUGGCGAAGUUGGCGGGGCAAACGUCCGAGGCGAUGAUUCUGGCCACGGAGUUCGAGGUUGACGGCGAGACGAAGGUGAAGCUCGUGCGCGCGCCCGAGGGCGCCGAAGUCGGCGCGCCGGUGACGCCGACGGGGAUGACCGCGUCGGAGACGUACCCGAAGGAGUGCAAGAGUAAGUUUUGGGAUGCCGUUAAGGAAAAGCUCGUCGUGAAGGAUGGCAAGGCGGUGUACGACGACAAGGUGCUCGCGUGCGCCGCGGGUGAGUGCACGGCGCCAGAGACGCCUUCGGGGUCGUCCAUCAAGUAG